CCAGCUUCUCUGAAAGACUUCACAGCCCGAAAUUCAGACUUCAUUAUACUUGUGUCGGGCCUGCUCCAAGUACAUACAAUCCAGUACUCACUCAUCAGUAAUCAAUCAUAUAUCAUGGGCCGGGCUCCAUGCUGUGAGAAACUGGGGUUGAAGAAGGGCCCGUGGACGGCGGAAGAAGACCUCAUUCUCAUCACUUACAUCAACCAGAACGGCCAUGGCAACUGGCGGGCCCUCCCCAAACGGGCCGGACUAUUGAGAUGUGGAAAGAGCUGUCGGCUCCGGUGGAUGAAUUACUUACGGCCCGACAUUAAGAGAGGCAAUUUUACCAAGCAAGAGGAGGAAACUAUCAUUAAGCUGCAUCAAGAAUUAGGCAACAGGUGGUCCGUGAUCGCAGCUAGGUUACCGGGCCGCACGGAUAACGAGAUUAAAAAUGUCUGGAACACCCACUUGAAGAAGAGGAUCCACAACAACUCUCAACCCAAACCCGAAACCCAUUUGCACGCAAUCAGAUCAUCCCAUUUCCGUCAGAGUGUGGGUACAGUAUCGGUGUCCAACUCAUCGCAGCAUUCAUCCAGCGAAAUCUCGUCACUCACCACCGCCGCCGCCGGACUCGACGCCUAUACGGUGAUGGAUUCAUUGGAAAUGGACGAGAGCUUCUGGUCGGAGGUGUUCUCCGGCGGCGAUGAUUCGAGUGCUACUAGUGAUUUCUCGGCUGGCAAUAGUGACUCACAGCUGCUUCAAUUUUCAAACACGUUUGGUUCUGGUUUGAGCGCCGAAGGUGACACGGAUUUUUGGUACAACCUGUUUAGCAGGGCUGAAGACCUUUUAGACUUACCUGAUUUUUGAUUAUUUUUUGUAGUAUUGAUUAAUUUCUUUUUUUUUGUUUUGGGUUUUUUGUGGGACUGAGAAAAGUGGGAGAGAUUUUAGGAAAUUUGUACAUGAGAAAUUAUGUGUAAUCCAACUAACUUUUAAUGAAAUUUGAAUUCAAUAU